AUGCAUAUGCCGUCUACUGUACCAGCAGCACCUGAAGAACAAUUGUGUACUUCGUCAGAGGACACUACGCAGAGUACCACUCUGAUAGAUAUGGGUCUCAGUCAAAUUACCAGUCUUUGCAAAAUAGAAUACACUCAAUUUGGUGAAUUUUACACUUGCAAGGUAUGCAACGUGAAGUGUACCGGUAAGAUGCCCUUUCUGCAACAUGUAAUGGGGUCAAGUCACAAAAGAAAGUUCAUUCUUAAUGCACCUUUUUGUCAGGAAUGGAAUACAAACUCCAACUCUUCUGAGCAAUAUGCGUCUCACUGCAGUGGAACGUCUUCUGAAAGUCAAACAUCUGGACAGACCCGUAUGGAGCAACGAUCUACUGGAAACAACGAUACAACCUACUUUUGUGAACUGUGUGGUCUUAACUGCUCUUCUAAGAAACAGCUUGAUUGUCAUCUAGCAGGUAAAAGACACUUGAAACAAUCCAGAAAACGAGGAGCACACUUAUCUGGUCAUUUGUCAGUCAAUUCUACAUUGAGUUUACAGUCAAACCAGUUUAAUGAAUUAGAGGAAUGUCUUUCACAAAUUUUCACUUCAAUGAAUCACACUGUUGAAAAUUCAGUAGAAUUUUGUCAAAAGGUUGCACAUUGGUUAAGAAAUGUCAUAGAUCUUGAGUCUAAAGUGGAGUCAACAAAUAACAUCUCCCCAUUGUUUUUAUCACCAACGUCAUCUCCGACUCUUUCAUGUCAGAAGGAAACCGAUGCAGUUUUAGGAGCAUCACCUUCAGAACGGAGCAACGGUGGUUCUCUUGAAAGUAGGCCGUUCUGUAAACAUGCUGAUUGUGUUCUAUUAAGGUCACUGCAAGUGAGUUGGUUUUUAAUUCUCAUUUGCAAUGAUUUUAAAGUCGUCAUCCACUCUUAAGAAAGGUAUUUCUUAUUAUUCAGGUCAAUCAUCAUGAGUGAAUAGUAGCGUAACUCAGAAUUCUUGUACUCGUUCAUAUGCCGAGGUGUAAGUCGCAUCUAGUGUUUUCUACGUAAAGACAUUACUUGGUUGUCUCAACUCCAUUGAAUGAAGUGCAUUUUUAGAUCACCGUUCAUUUUUUGAAAGAUGGGUGUUUGAAGUACUUGGUUGCAC